CUCGUUAAUUUAUCGAGUGGAUUAAGAAUGGUAGGAGAGCAUUAUUCGUAAAUUUUCAGGGCCGACAUCAGCCAAGCAUCUGUGUUUGGGAAAUUUCAGAUGAGUUAGAUCCGCCUUAUCUCAUUACGCCUCGUUAAUCCUUUGGAGUUAAAUCGUUCGAAGAUAGAUUUGAUUAAUUCCCAGAUCAGAGGUCGAAUCUGCAAUGGCGACGAGGUAUUGGGUGGUAUCCCUACCCGCCCAAUCGUCAGCUUCUGCUCUAUGGAGCCGUCUUCAGGAAUUGAUCUCCAAGAAAGCUUUCGACACGCCUCUCUACCGGUUCAACACUCCCGACUUACGGGUGGGUACUUUGGAUUCUCUUCUUUCUCUGAGCGACGAUCUCUCGAAGUUGAAUACUUUCAUAGAAGGGGUGUCGCAUAAGAUACGGCGGCAAAUCGAAGAUCUGGAACGGGCUUCUGGGAUUGACAGCUUGGCUCUUACAGUGGAUGGGGUUCCCGUGGAUACCUAUCUCACGAGGUUCGUUUGGGAUGAGUCCAAAUAUCCCACAGUAUCGCCACUUCGAGAAAUUGUUGAUACCAUCCACAGUCAGGUAGCCAAGAUCGAGGAUGACAUGAAGAUUCGAGCUGCAGAAUAUAAUACUGUGCGUGGGCAACUUAAUGCGAUAAAUAGAAAGCAAACUGGAAGCUUGGCUGUUCGGGAUCUUUCCAAUAUAGUAAAACCGGAGGACAUCAUCACAUCUGAACAUUUGGUCACUCUUUUAACAAUUGUUCCAAAGUACUCUCAGAAGGAUUGGUUGUCAAGCUAUGAAACAUUGACUACUUACGUGGUACCUAGAUCAUCUAAGAAGUUGUACGAGGACAACGAGUAUGCUCUCUACACCGUAACACUCUUUGGCAGAGUUGCUGACAAUUUUAAAACUAGCGCACGUGAAAGAGGUUUUCAGGUUCGAGAGUUUGAAUAUAGUACAGAAGCUCAAGAGAAUCGCAAACAAGAGCUAGAAAAACUUAUGCAGGAUCAAGAUAACUUGAGAAGUUCUCUUUUGCAAUGGUGUUAUGCAAGCUAUGGGGAGGUUUUCAGUUCCUGGAUGCACUUCUGUGCCGUGCGUGUGUUUUCUGAGAGCAUUCUUAGAUAUGGUUUGCCGCCAUCAUUCUUGGCUGCAGCUCUUGCACCGCCAGCGAAAAGUGAAAAGAAAGUACGGAGCUUGUUGGAGCAGCUCUGUGGGAAUCUCAACUGCAUUUACUGGAAAUCUGAUGAUGACGCUGCUGUUGUGGCUGGCAUAGGAGUUGAAGCGGAGUCUUAUCCUUACGCCUCUUUCACUGUCAAUAUUGUUUGAGAUAAAUUUUGUUUUCCUUGCUAUGAUUUCAGACAAGCUGAACUAUUCUUAUUUUUCGGAACAAAAUCACUGGAAAACGUAAUGCUGCUGUAUAUUAUUGGUAAUCACCAAUUAUUAUUACUUCUACAGGACUCGAGGGAAUAGAGUUGAGUUUGUGAUCUAA